AUGAACCCAUAUACACCCCCAACGCCGUUGGACCAAAAUCAUAAACUCGCCAUGAGUCGCCUACCGUCUGUUUCCAGUCUCAUGUCACCUCCUGAAUCUAAACCGUUCGAGAAUUUCAAUAGCUCAUUGUCACCUUACUCGACGUCACAGGAUUAUUGCUCGUUUGUCCAUGGCAUGAAGCUUCCUCCCAUUUCUAGCGAACGGAAGCGAACGCAGUCGGAAAUGGAUUUGCCAUCGCCGCCCGUCACUCCGUACACCGGAAAUAAGAAAAGAAAAUCGGAUGUCUCAGAGGAAAUCGAGCGAGAUGUCGCGCUCGGUUCCUCGAGAGAUCCUGUUCUGUUCCCUCAUCACGAUUCUUUGACAGAUGUUGCCACUGAUGAGCCCUUGUUUGGGCAGAUUCUUCCGGCCCCAGCAGAGGUUCUAAUGGAACAACAUAUCGAUUCUCACAUGGCAAGAUUUGAUAACAAAGUGAAUAAGCCAACACGUGAUGAGUAUCUCUUAGCGCUGUCCUGCGUGCCAGUCGUUUCCGCCCAGUAUAACCGGAAUCCAGCUGCCUGGGCCAAGGAGGAACGUGAAACACUUGAGCGUCAAUUGUUCAUGAUGAAUCGUCGCCGACCUAAAAUUUUAGAUGCAAAAUUAAAGACGAUUGCGCCUGCACCGAGCAAACGGGCGGUUACCACACAGCCUCGCGCACAGCGAACACCGCGGGCCAAGCGUUCCCCCAAAUCCACGCCGCAUCAAAAGGCGCAUGAAUCCUUUGACUUACCUGCUCAGACGAGUACUAGGCCUCCCAGGGCGAUAGGAACAAAUCGGGAUGACACAGAUUAUACUUCCAUCAAAGAUUUCUCACCCUCACCAGAAACACUUGGAGGCAAUGCGAAGGCAUUGAAGGCAGACUGGAAAGGACAGAUGUUAGAUCUUAGCCAGGAUCCAGACCGGCACCUUUUGAGCCCGGCUGAGCUCAACCUUGCCUCCACUUUGAGGCUCUCAUGCGCAACAUACUUAUGCAGCAAACGCCGCAUCUUCGAGGCUCGUGUGAGAGCUUUAAGGAUUGGCAAAGAGUUCCGCAAAACAGAUGCCCAACAAGCUUGCAAGAUUGAUGUCAACAAAGCGAGCAAGUUGUGGACUGCUUAUGAUCGUGUCGGCUGGUUCGAUUCGGAACACUUUCAACAGUAUUUAGAGUGA